AUGUUGAUGUGCGUAUUAGCAAAUCUAUUCCAUAUAUUAAUUUUUCAUAUAAAUGAUACCGUCUGCCGACCUCACGCAAUCAAUAUAAAAAUCAUGACAAAACAUCAUCACUGACCAUUUGUUUAAAAGCCAUUCAAUAUAACAUAAUGAAGUUUUUGACGUAUCUCUUAAGCUUAAUUGCGAUAGUCAAGGCGGGCAUUUUGCAUCAUCACGAAGGCAACAUUUACAAAGUGAAACUAAUUUCUAGGCAGAACGUUGAUAAUUUUGAAAACAUUCGCAAAUCUGCGCCAAUAAUAAAAGUAAUACAUCAAGGACUUAUUGAAUCUGAGCCAGUAGUCUAUAAAGUUAUUCAUGACUAUUCGAUAGAUGGUAAUGUAUACCAUAAAAGUAAUUACGAUACUCCACAAGUUAUUAAAGUUAUUCAUGAGAACUCUGCGCCACAAGUGACUAAAUACUCUCAUGAGACUAAUAAUUUAAAUGAUCACUUCCAUGAACCGGAAGUUUUAAAAAUUAUACAUGAAAACCCUGAAACCGGGCACGUUAACCACGCACCUGAACGAAUUAUACAUUUAAUACAUGAACAUAAAGACCACGUCGCUAUCGACAUCCCUCGUGUAACGGAUGCAUCGUCCGAUAUUCAUCAACAUGAAAACAAUAUUCAAAUGCCUGAAACUUCCAUUUUGCCGCCUAUAAUUGAGCCAGCUCCAGUGUUUGAUACCGCCGCCAUCGCAAUGGAUGCUUUAUACGAGUCACCAGCAUUCAGCAUUCCUGAGCCAGCUCCAGCCGAAACUUAUGGAACACCACCACUUUCACAUUAGAUUUAUAAGAUAUUAGACUGAAAACUUAAUGAUUUCCUAGCAAUUAUAAUAACUUGAGACUUUUAACACUUUAAUUUGAGACUUUUAUACACUUAUGUACAAUGCAUACUUUACGACAUAAUCGUUCAUUUCUUUUUCAAUAAGAUUGCAUUGUAAACAUUAACAUUAAUAUGUACACCGGCAUAUUAUAUAUUUAAUACCACAAACAUAAUUCAAUUUAGUUUGGAUUUAUUUCAUAUUUUAUUAGUUGUGAAUUUUAGUCAUUUUUACUUUACAAAUUCGCCUUAUUAUCAAACUACUUUUUCGAUUCUCAACCGCACGCGAAAAUGUAUAUUUUCGCCAAAAGAACCGUAGCUUAAAUAUAUUUAAGGGGAAUUGAAAGAUGUUGUUACCAUAACUUUAGCGGUUAAUCUAAAAAUAUAAAUUUAUUCGGCAGCUUUAACAAGAGCUUCGCAGCAUUCAACG